GACGCGACGCGACAUUAAGGCCGAGUUAAUCGAAACCCUAGGAUUCGGCGGAAUCCGAACCUCCUCCAUUUUAAGGCCCCGGAUAUUUAAAGCCGUUCCGGCGCCCCGUCGCCAUUACGCUCGCCGUCAUCGGCCCAUCUCGCGCAGUAGAUUUUGAUAUCGCGAGCCAUGUCGGACGAGGAGCACCACUUCGAGUCCAAGGCCGAUGCGGGGGCGUCGAAGACUUUUCCACAGCAGGCUGGAGCUAUCCGCAAGAACGGGUAUAUAGUGAUCAAGGGGAGGCCCUGUAAGGUUGUGGAGGUCUCAACGUCUAAGACUGGGAAGCAUGGCCAUGCCAAAUGUCACUUUGUUGGCAUAGACGUCUUCAAUGGAAAGAAACUGGAAGAUAUUGUGCCCUCGUCUCACAAUUGUGACGUUCCUCAUGUUACUCGAACUGACUAUCAGCUUAUUGAUAUAUCUGAGGAUGGAUUUGUGAGUCUGCUGACUGAAAAUGGUAACACCAAGGAUGAUUUGAGGCUCCCAACUGAUGAGACCCUUCUCACGCAGAUUAAAGAUGGGUUUGCAGAAGGGAAGGAUCUGGUGGUGACCGUGAUGUCUGCAAUGGGUGAGGAACAGAUUUGUUCCUUGAAGGAUAUUGGCCCGAAAUAGAUGUUCGGCUAUCUCAGUUAUUGUUGUUUUUUUAUCAAUAGAUUCUGUAAGAGCAUUGUGGAGCCAUUUGAGACUUUGAGAAAAUUUAUAAUAGCUAAGAACUGAGGGCAGUGAGUGAUAAUUGGGAUAUUAGCCCAACCUUUAAAACUUGGAUUUUAAAUUCAAAUUAUAUUCAUUAUUUCUCUGCUGUUAUAAAUGUUUGCUUCAUGCUGU